AUGUGGGAUGUAGGUAGUGGAAGGCUGAAGCUUACACUAACAAGACACGCCUUGUUGUUACCAACAAACAUUCAUAUAUGUUCUCUACAGGAUGACAAGCAAGUAAAUUGCUGGUGUCUAGAACAGAAUAAGGUUGCGGGGGUUGAUUGCUUGGCACUUCAUCCAACUAUUGACCUUCUACUAACUGGAGGUCAUGAUUCUAAUCUGUCCGGUAUGCUUUCGAUCGUUUGGGAUAUCCGUAGCAAGAUGCAAAUUUCGAGCCUUGACAACACAGUAUCUUCAGUUUUUACUCGACCUACGGUAAGCAAUCCUUUUCAAGUGAGAGAGAUCAUGUUUAAAUCUACCUAUAUUUUAUCAGAGCUUAUUUCUCACACAACUCCUCAUAAGUUUGGGGAGGGAAGAAAGGGAUGUGAUAUAACCAGAAUGAAAAACUGGAUUGGAUUUGCAAAAUUGGUGCAGGAUCCACAAGUUGUAACAGGCUCUCAUUACACAACCAUAAAGUUUUGGAACCUUAGACGUGAUACUAUUUUUUUGCAUUAUUCUCUUUCUGAUUUUGCUUUUCCAGUUUUGACGACAUUUAUUAAUCCUGCAUGGCUGGCAAGACGAUGA